ACACACACACAUAUGCAAAUAGUGUCCCUCAGGCUGCGAUGUGGCCGCGUGUAAUUGACAUUCGCAAGAUCAGUUUCACCGUUCGUUUCCUCAGAGGCUCCACCCCACUUUGGUUCGGUAACAACAGUGUAUUCCCACCAUCUCCAAUCGGUAAUAUGUCCACUUCGUCCUCCGACCCUAGCCUUGCGGUGGCCGCCAUGAGAAAGAGUUACAAAUGCGACCAGGACGCUUUUGAAGAGAACCAGCUGGUUUCUCUGGACCCUAUGAAGCAGUUUGCCAACUGGUUUGAAGCAGCCACGAAAUGCCCAUCGAUUCAAGAAGCCAAUGCCAUGUGCCUUGCUACCUGCACCAAGGAUGGAAAGCCGUCUGCUCGAAUGUUGCUCCUGAAAGGGUUUGGACCUGAGGGAUUUAAAUUCUACACAAACCAUGAGAGCAGGAAAGGGAGAGAGCUCGAAUCCAAUCCAAAUGCGGCAAUAGUAUUUUACUGGGAAGCCCUGAAUAGGCAAGUACGCAUCGAAGGUCAUGUGACCAAGUUGCCAGUCGCAGAUUCGGAGGAGUACUUCCAUUCUCGGCCCAAGAGUAGCCAGAUCGGUGCUGUGGUUAGCCGGCAGAGCACAGUGAUCCCUGACAGAGAGUUUCUGAGGAAGAAGAAUGCACAGCUGGAGGAACUCUACAAAGACAGGGAGGUGCCAAUGCCUGAGUACUGGGGAGGAUAUCUUCUGGAGCCCGACACCAUUGAGUUCUGGCAAGGCCAGACCAACCGUCUACAUGACCGAAUCCAAUUCCAGCGAUUAAAAGGAGGGAACAUUGCAGAUGCUGCCAUGACUCACGCGGCUGAAGGAGAUUGGGUGUAUAAAAGACUGUCACCCUGAUAACUGCCAAGAUGUUUGGAAUUCAGUCUUCAAACCAUUCCUCAUCCAACCAGAGAAUAAUAAUAAUUUCUUUUAAAUUAAUUGAGUCCUGGCACAUUUCACAUCAGAUUGUUAUUUUAAAUCAAAGGUUACACAAUUGGGAUUAUUGUUGUCCCAUUUUCCCCUCAGUUGAAGCAAAGUGCUCAGAGACACAGAGUAGUUUUACCUCUUCAUCUUUAUUCAGUGCCCUGGAGGGAGAGAGAACGAUUGCCCUACGUGCACACAGAUAUGAGUUCACAGUCUUCUCUGGAACAGCAGUGUGUCAAUGAACUACAUAGCCAUUUUACAGGGAGGAGCAUCCAGAUAAGGCAACAUACAUAUUGAUUGGGUGACCGUUACAAUCAGCGAAUGUCAAUAGUAAAGAUUAAGCCAUCUGCUGUUACACAAUGAAUAACUGGCUUCACAUAAUGAAUUCUUUUCACCUUACAUACUGAAUGCUACAUCAUCAUGUUAAAUGGCUCAAUGCAAUGACUGCUUUUCCACCUUGUUAACCCAUUACCCUUGCCUCCAGCACCCCAUUGUUAACUGUAACCUUUUAUCUGAUCUGAAUCAUGCUCAGCUGAACCUCUUCAUUCACAAAACUCAGAACUUAACUCUUUCUCUGCCUCCGCUCAGCAGAACAUCUUGUUUCACAAACUCAAAACUUAACUCUUUCCAUGCCUGUGUAUACUCUACUCACAUUCUCAUUAUCUCCAAACCUUCCCAAGAGUUG